UACGUGGUUCUGGAUCGAAGACACUGAUCCCUCUUUCCCUCAACACGAAGUCACCGCCGCCGACUCCGAACUCCCUCUAAGUAGCGCAUGAGGCGUAGAAUUCCGCUUCUGCUGCUAUUUGAAUUUAGACAGACUGAGAGAAAAAAGGGGAGAGAAUCUAGAAUUUCUCUUGUUUUCUCCGAGAAAUAACAGAUCUAAAGAGCCGUUUUCCGGUUUUGGGUAUCGAGUCUGAAUUUACAGAGAGAGGAGAACUUUCUAGUUUUGGGUAUUGGGUCUGAUUUUACAGAGAGAACUCUCUCUCUCUCUCUCUCUCUCUCUCUCUCUCUCUCUUAGAUGGCAACUGACAGCGAAUUACUGGAAGGGACGCUGCAGAACAUCUUGGAUCAGGACACCCUGAAAUGGGUUUUCGUCGGUGGGAAAGGCGGUGUCGGGAAGACGACAUGCAGUUCGAUCCUUUCGAUCCUUCUAUCGACAGUCCGGUCCUCUGUUCUCAUCAUAUCCACUGACCCUGCACAUAAUCUCAGCGAUGCGUUCCAGCAGCGAUUCACCAAAACCCCUACCUUGGUCAAUGGAUUCACCAAUCUCUACGCAAUGGAGGUGGAUCCCAAUGUAGAGAAUGAUGAAUUGCCCAAUGGGGAAGGGAUGGACAGCUUUCUUUCUGAGCUCGCGAAUGCAAUUCCUGGGAUUGAUGAAGCUAUGAGCUUUGCUGAGAUGCUUAAGUUGGUGCAAACGAUGGAUUAUUCAGUUAUAGUGUUUGAUACAGCUCCAACUGGCCAUACGCUGCGGCUAUUGCAAUUCCCAUCAACAUUAGAGAAGGGUCUGGCAAAAAUGAUGACCUUAAAGAAUAGAUUUGGAGGCAUAUUGAGCCAGGUGACCCGUCUCUUUGGCCUCGAAGAUGAAUUUGGUGAGGAUGCUAUCCUGGGAAAGCUCGAGGGCAUGAAAGAUGUGAUUGAGCAAGUGAAUAAGCAAUUCAAGGAUCCGGACUUGACAACGUUCGUCUGUGUUUGCAUCCCAGAGUUCCUUUCUCUCUAUGAAACAGAGAGGUUGGUCCAAGAACUAGCGAAGUUUGACAUCGACACUCACAAUAUCAUCAUCAAUCAAGUGAUUUUCGAUGAAGAAGGUGUUGAAUCGAAGUUGCUGAAAGCACGAAUGCGGAUGCAGCAGAAAUAUAUUGAUCAGUUCUACAUUCUGUAUGAUGACUUCAACAUCACUAAGUUACCAUUGCUUCCAGAAGAGGUGUGUGGAACUGAAGCGUUGAAAGCAUUUUCCACUCACUUCGUAUCACCAUACAAGCCAUCUAUCACCAAAGGCACUGUCGAGGAGCUAGAGCAGAGAGUGUCUAUCCUACGGUCGCAGCUGAAAGAAGCUGAAGAGGAGCUUGAGAAAAUGAGGAAAGGGAAGGGAAAGGUCUGAUCCGCCCAUCACCUCUAUGGUCCGAUUCUUUCAUUUCUUUUCACUGCAUUCAUAAACUUAUGGGUCGCCACUGCUUCUGAAGGCCAUUGCAUGUGGGGGCUAAUGUAAAGCACGGGAUUUCUUGUUUCUAAUCUCUGAUGCAAUAGCUCUCACGGCCAUUGGCCGGGUCUGUACUCUUAGUAUUAAACUAGAAAAUGUAAUUUUCAUAUAUUUAAAUUUUAUGAUGCUCUAGCACUUAUGGCACGUGCACAUUGACACAUGCGGCAUAUGUAGGGUGUUUGAAGAUUGAUGGUGACACCCCUGGCACAUGGGAUGUAUUGAUAUGCACAUCACACAUGUAGCACUUACGGCAAGGGAUACGUUUUUUUUUUCAUAUUUAUUCAACAUUUUUCUCUUCCUUUAUCCCAACUUUUGGGAAGAAAUUGUUCCUA